AUGGCUGCAGCAGCCUAUAUGGACUGGAGUGCGGAGUUGCGCCGCCUCCAUGACCUUUGUCAAGGCAGGGACGUCUUGCAUCAUUGGUGCCAGGCCUGUGAGAUUCAGCAUUUCCCGCCGCAUUUUGACAGGAUUCCUGAGUUGCCAGGAGUUCUGCCACCGGUCCGAGACUGUCGAUGCUGCCAAGAAGGCCAGGACGGGUUCCAAUUUCCAUGGAUUGGUGCUUACCCUCGGCAAGCCGCGCUUGAUGAGGUGUUGGAGGACCAUGAGCGCUUGGCCACAGCUGAGGACCUUCGGCGAGUGUGGCGCCUUUGGCAGCAGGGCAAUAGCGUUGGAGGGAGCCGGCCUACGCCUGCCGGUGCCGUGUGUGCCAAGAGUGCAGUCGGACAUGCCCCAACUGUCAUGCUGAGUAGGCUGGCCCUGGCGCUCUUGGGGGCAGGUUGCUUGCUGCCGGCCUCCAGCCCAGUGCAGUCUAUGGAGGAGCUUGCAGGCCAGGAGGCAUUGGCAGGCGCCGGGCCGGAGGCGACGGCGGCCCGUGUGGCCCGGUGGAGGGCAAGGGUCGGAGCGCAGGCCGAGGAGGACUUUGCCUUCGCGUUCUACAGUUUUGACAAUGCCCUGCAGGUGGCGGGGCCGGAGGUGGCAGCUUCUUGGCAGGAAGUACGAGGGCGGAUCAAGCAGCAGGCUGCGGUGCCCAAGGCCAAGGACGGCAUCACUGAGGCUAUGAUCCGAGAGCUCACGGACCUCCUGGUGGCGAGUCACACGGAGCCGGUGACUUUCCGCAAUGUGAUUCGUACAUUGAGGGGGCUCUAUCAUUUCCAGGUCCUUCGAGGGCGUCUUCAAGGUUUGGAGGAGGUCGAGCCGGUCGAUGUUGAUACUUUUCUCCAUGAGGGCACGAAGGCGCCAAGCAGGAGCUUGCAGGCGCUUAGGUGGGCCAACAAGAAUGCAACAUUGCAGUGGCUCAUUCCGGAGCUGCGAUUGGCCAAGCAGCCCCAGGCUGGUAAGAAGCAGCAGGCUUUAGGGGUGGAGCCCCCGCUUUUAUCCCAUCUGGAGGAGAGGAUCGUGGCGCUUUGCAGGGCAGGCGACGCCAGGUGGACGGCGUUGCUGGGGCAAUGGCUAGUAGGAGCGGGUGUUCUCCGGUACAAGCACCUACACCUGUCCACUGUGCUGAAAAUCACUGCCUCUACGGUCCAUUGCUACUGCACCCGUGGCAAGCAGGCCAAGCUGAGGUCCGGCUUUUACUGGUGCGUACCUGCACGCUUUUUGAACCAGUUUUCCUGGUCCACUGCGUGGAGGGAGUUGUAUGCAUCACUUCCCGCCGCUAGACGCAAGAACUGCGGAUUGGCCUUUGACUUCCGAGGCAACAGCUGGUCCCGGCUGGAGUCGGUCCGAGCCACUCAGGACGAAUUCCGUCGCGUGCUGGAGGAGCCCCAGCUGUUGACGAGCUAUUCCUGGCGUCGCUUGGGGACGACUGUUGGGCUCUUGGCCAACUUCACAGUGCCCCAGCUCGCAGCCUUGGGGGACUGGGGUGAUCGUAUCGAGGACAGUCAGGCAAAGAUGCCUAUCCACUAUGCAGGUUCCCGGUACGGCCUCAGUAGGUAUUGCAAACACGAUGCGUAUGCAGUGGCGUCCCAUUUGCGUGAGCAUUUGUCCUGGGAGGCGAUCCCACCGUCGGCAGUUGAGCUGGCGUGUGCGGCGGCCAAGGUGGAGGCCGAGACCGCCGUGGAAAGGGAUAGUGUCGUUGUCUGGAGUUCUCCGUGCAGAGUAAUGUAUGACCAGAGGAGGCUCAAGCUGACUGCGUCGGCCAGGAAUCGUCUCCGCCAAGCUUCCCGCGGUAUGGCGUAUCAGGCUAUGGUGGCGAUGCCGCCAGCUAUCGCUGGAAAGCGCUGUGGUUCAGCCCUGCGAGAUGGCACCCCGCUGUGUCCUCAGUUUAAUAUGGGCACCUGCGUCAAUGGUGACACGUGCGCAGUGGUUCACAGGUGCUCCGCGGCACAGAAGUCUGGGCGAAUCUGCGGGGGGUAUCACUCAGCUUUGGAAUGCCGUAAUCCAAAGACGGAACGCGUCCAGAUCCAGCUUGUGCCAGCAGCCAAGCCCGGCCGAAAGCGACCCCGGCGGGAGGCUGAAGGGAUGGCCCCGUCGAGGCGAGGUCAGGCACGGUCCUCUUGGGAUCGGAAUGCAGCUCCCGCAGCCGGGGAAGGUGCUCCCCAUGAUCUGGUCGAGGUCGUUGAGGUUGAGGACGAGCCCGUGCUUGAAGAUGGCGAAGGGGUCGGACACGGGGAAGGCGCUCCUGGAGUGGCGUUGGCUUUGGCUGUGGAGCCAAAUGGGCCGGCAGUCUACAAGCUCAGGUCCGGCGGCAAGAUCAUCCUUUCUGGACUUCCACUCGAACAGUUCCGCCACCUUUACCCGGACACGGCCUUGCAGGUGUGCUGCCUCGGCCAAACGCCUGAGUCCCGCAAAGGUAUUCGUUUGGCAGGCGCCCGCGUCUAUGUUGUCGACUUGACCGAGCCGUCCGAGUCGGCCAAAAAGUGGACCGACCUGUUCACCGCCAUUUGCCGGACGCUAUGGGCCGGGGACGUGGUGGUGAUCCAUUGCAUGGCUGGUCGGCAUCGGGCUGCGUUGCUGACAUGUUUGCAGUUGGCGCUGAUGAGAGACCAAACUUUGGAGGCCGCAGAAGCGGAUCUUCUUCGGCGCCGGUCUGUAGAGCUCAACCAGGUGCGCCGGUAUGACGGUGGAAACUGGGCAUGGGCCCAGCGUGCCUUGCAGAGCACUCGGUUGCCUGCGUGCUUCCCUGUGCCCAGUGGCUACACCGCAUCGGACAGCUCAAACUUACAUCUGCGCCUGCCCAAUGGCAUCACCUUGUGCAAGCAUGCCCAGAGCCCGGAGAGGGCUGGGCCGGCUCCGCAAUGCGCGCUUCACGGAGGACCGCAGGGAGGCAGUGGCGUGGGGACGCGCGCCCUGUGA